UUUCCCUUUCUAUAUUUAAUUUUUCUCUCUCACCAUUUUCAUUCUUUCUUUGUUUGUUUGUUUGUUUCUUUCUUUCUUUCUUGUUUUAUGUUUUCUGUUUUAUUCUUUUUCUUUCUUCCUCCUUUUUGUUUAUUUCUCUUUGGCACUCACUCACUCACUCAGUCACCCAACAUCAGUAGGCGCUUUAUCCCGGUCAGGGUCACUGUGGAUCUCGAGCCUAUCCCAGGAUAACAGAGUGUGAUGCAGGAAUACACCCUCGAUAUGUCUAUUUGUCUUGCUAUAUUACAUAUGUGUCUAUCUAUCUAUCUAUCUAUUUUCUUCAAAACCAAGUUAAUGCUGUAAAGAUAGAGAUGAUGAUGAUGAUGAUGAUGACAAUGAUGAUACAAAUGUAUGGUGAAGAUCAGGUGAUGUAUUUGUGCAAUAUCCUAUAGCCAUACAUGGGCAGCACACCACCUAUUACAUCACUUCCUGUGUGAGAGGUGACACUCUCCAGAUCCGAGUGUAUCAGUGGAGUAAAUAUGAAUGGAAUGAGCAGAACAUGUAUUUAUAUAGGCUGGGCACAUACUCCACCUUCUGGAGGAUCGAGGAAGUUGGAGUACAGUGGCUCUACCUGGCAUGAGGAGUGUUUUGUAUGUUGUGCGUGUCAACAGUCUCUGGGCUCGCAGUCUUUCAUCCCCGAUAAGGAUCAGUAUUACUGCGUGCCCUGCUACGAGAGACGCUUCGCCCCCCGCUGUAGCCACUGCAAACAGAUCCUGCUGCAAGGUGGGGUGACGUACCGGGACGAGCCGUGGCACAGGGAGUGUUUCCUGUGCUCGGGCUGUAAGAUGCAGCUGGCUGGUCAGCCCUUCACCUCUCAGGGGGACAAACCUUACUGCGUCAAGUGCUUCAGCUGCCUGUACGCACAGAAAUGCACCGCCUGCAACAAGGCCAUCACAGGUUUCGGUGAUGGAAAGUAUGUUUCCUUCGAGGAACGUCAGUGGCAUCAGUCGUGCUUUAAGUGCUCCGGAUGCUCUGUCUCUCUGGUCGGAGCCGGAUUUUUCCCCAACGGCUCAAAGAUCCUGUGCAAAGACUGCAACAACUGAGACACUUCUCUCUGUGUGAGUGUGUGUGUGUGUGUGUGUGUGUGUGUGUAAAACACUGAUCAGGUGUUGGAGAUACAGCCAGAUGAAUGCUGACGUUCUUCUUUUUUUUUAUUCAGCUUUGCUUUUAAAAAAAUGUUUUGAGUCAUAUAAUACAGUGUGUGUGUGUGUGUGUGUGUGAAAUUUGUUUAUUAUUUCAAAGCAGUGUUUGUGUAGAAUAAAUAAUUCACGCUAUAGUAAUCAUUCACAGUGAGAUCACACGUUUUUUACUGUUAAAGGAGCAAAAUUAUAUUCUAUGUAACACCAGUGAUUUAUUUUGCGAAUAUUAAAUUUUGUUUACAGUUCCUACGAUCCAGUUUUGGCAGCAGUUUCUUCUUAAAAAACAUUCUCCAGUAUAAAUCUGAUUAGGGGGCGUGGCUACGCAUGACUUUAGUUAGCGAUGUCACAAAAUAAGCUAGACGAAUCACGGGUGAUAUGCAAAUUACCAAAGAAUAAUGAGAUUGUGAGAAACUUUUAACCAGUAGAACCAGUGUGCUGGCUAGCUAACUUAGCUAAUAUUAUACUUUUUUGAUAAGCAAAACCAUGGUUGUUAUGGUAACAGAGUAUUUGAAUGCUUUUGGCUGCUAUUGAAUAAAUCACUGAGGAUACGAUGAUGUAAAUCUGACUAAUAGUUACAAAGAGUUAGCUGGUUAGCUGUUUCAAAGUUGUAUUUUCGCAAAUCCGAGCAUAUUUAAACAAGUUUAAAUGAGUGUUUUUGGGGUUUUUUUGUAUAUAAACCUAGAUUAAAUGUAGGGCAGUUAAAGUAUAGUUUCCAAACUGUAACAGUUUAUGAGCUGUAAACACACGCACACACACACACAUAGCACCGUUAGCGUACACUUCUUAGUUUGCUAACAAAACAGUAACAAUGUGUUGACAUGCAGCUCAAGAAGUCAUAUUUUUGUCAUGGAAAGACAAAUGGUGGUUAAAUUUGUGAGAACACUGUUGCUAGGCAACUAGGAAACAAGGAUGCCAAGCAAAAUAGCUAAUGACUGAGGUAAACGAUUUAGCCAGCUAGCACACAGCUGUUAGUCACACAGAAAAUUCAUAGUAACAGUAGAAGUGACACCAAAUCAUCAGCAAUGUCAACAUUUCCCUCAGAGGUGUUGAUUAAUUACUAAGUAAAUACUCCUGAUAGCUAAAAUUAUCCUAUAAUUAUACUUAGCAUUGACGGCUAAACCAGCUUCCAUCUUUGCCUCUAUGAGAAACGUAAACAAUUAGCUGAUGGAAGAUGAUGAUUUACAAAUAAAUACGAUCUACCUUCGACAGACCUCGUGUAAAAAUGAACUUAAAAGUAGUUUUAUUAAAGGCCUCAAAGUAUUUAAGGAAGAAGACAACCUCUCCCCCACCUUUCAGUUAUCUUCUAGCAUUUUCUUUGUGUGAAGCUGCCGUGUAGUAUAUCAGCACAGCAGAAUGUUAAAUGGAUUUCAGAUUUCCUAUCAUAUUCCACAUCUAAUGAUUUUACCUGAGCAAACAUACACAUCAAAUACCAUUUAAACCUGACUUACUUAACCUGCUUUGAGCAGUCUUGCUGAGCGUGACGAACCACAUUCCAACAGGCAGUUAACAUUUCAGUCACAUACGAGUGCAAUCUUCAUGCUCUCUUGUCGAGUUGUGUGUAUUUCAGCCUGUAAAUUAGCCUUAAGUGUUUUGAAUGUGUCACUGAUGUAGAUUACUGAAGACAUUCUCACAAUACUCACAUGUAGACGUCGUUAUUAUCUAAACCUACAUUCACGUUACAAGCCUUACUGCUCAAAUCCAUUUUAUUCCACCAUAAAGGUUUAUAUUUGUGUUUGUAAGUGACCUGUAGGUCACGUGUGUCUCCUGAGGACCCCAAAUUCUAGUGUUGCUAGCUUAUUAAUAUAUUGCUACUUCUUUUUUAAAAACACUGUCUUGCUGAGUGAUAACAGCUAGCAGACUAAAAUUAAUUAUAAAAUCUUUUCAUAAAACUCUUUACAAAAGUAUAUUAGCAUAACAAGUAUAUAUGCUUGCUCAAAAAUAAGCUAGCUAGCAUUAUGACACAUUUAACAAUGUUAGAACAGCUAGCUUGCUAGCAAAGGCAUUAGAAAUAAGGAAUGAAAUGCAGUUAGUUGGCUAGCAUUACACAAAGGCAUUGUCACUGGAGUGGCUAAAGAUGAACAGCUCUUAGUGAUGUUAAAAAGUAGGAUGUUACGUGUAUUUAGCUACCUAAUUGUGAAGCUAGUGAGCUGUUUUUGACUCCAGAUAGCUAAAAUUACAACAUAUUUAGCUAGUUAUCUAUGACAGUAAUGUAUAUCUACUGCAAACAAAAAAACCCUGUGUAGGAUAAGCGGUACGAAAGAUGGAAGGAUGGAUAGAUGUUUACCAAAAUAAGCCGGCUUGCAUUAGCCUACUAAUAAAUCAGCUAGCUAGCCAUUAAAGUAUCUUAGCUAAACAUAAAGAGCUAGCGAGCUAGUAGUGCUGUUAGAAAUAAGGUAUGAAAUGCAGUUAGUUGGAUAGCAUUACAACAGUAGUUAACUGAGAAGCUAGCUAGUUGUUUGUCAUGUGACUGAAGUCAACCAUUUAGCUAGCUAGCAUGUAGCUGUUAAGCGUUCCAUGGAGACAAUGUAAGAAUGCGAAUGAGACAAAAUAGUCAGGAAUAUCAACAUUUCUCUCUGACGAAUUCCUGAGAAAAGACUCCAGAUUGCUAAAAUUACUCCGUAAUUAGUUAAAUAUCUGAUUUGGUAAUGUAUAGCUACUGUAAAAAAUAAAUAAAUAAAUAUGUAAAAUUGUAAAACUGGCUUAUUUAGGACAUUAUAUAAUAGUAGCUAGCUGACUGAAAUUUCUUGAAAAAUUCAUUGUAAAAUGGACAAAUACUAGCCAGCUAUUUAUAAUUAGCUAUCAUGCCCCAGUUACAGCUCUUCUAGCCAACACGUAUUUAAUAGAAUGCACAAUAGAAACACAAGAUAUCUAUCUUUAAUCAACACUUUCUCAUAUUUUAUUGAUUUAAAAUAUAUUUUUUAAUUCAUGCUAAUCUGGACCACGAGCAUUUGGAGCACUUGAGGCACGUAACGUGAAAGUAGGCUUCAUAUUUGCACAUCUGUAAAAAUGUAUUCUGCAUUUAUUUCACAAGAAGUUCCAGUCAUCUGUCAGUUCUGUUGUUAAAUGUUUAAAGUUUGCGAUAUCUGCAUGGACGGGUAACACGUUUAUCCUCAUAUACGAAUAAUGUUGCACUUUCAUUACGAUGCCAGUUCAGCGUGUAAACAUUGCGGUUCGAAGCGUGUAUAAUACAGCGGGAGGGAAUAACGCGUCUCUGGGAUCACAGUAACAACACGAGAACAGGAGCUGUUAAUACACAACAAAGUAAAAGUGAAGAAUUUAUUCUAUUAUACAGUAUAUAACAUCAAAUUAAAAAAAAUAAAAUAAAUAAAUACAACGUGUGCGCUUGUGUGUGGAAGGAUAACUGCAUUAUAUGACUUUUUUUAUUCCUGAUUUAAAUUUUUUGAAAUGCUUUACUCGUGGUUGUGAGUUUCAGUGCUUUAAUGCGAGAAUUAAAAUCCAUUUAUUUUAAAUAAAAUAUAAAUUAGACAUAAAAUAUAGUACAGACAUAUAAAAAUGUAAAUAUAAUCGAAACGCUGUCAGAAAGUGAAACUGCAUGCAAAGAAAUGGCUUUAUGUUGUGUCGUAUUGUAUUGUGUUAUAUUGUGUUGUUGUGUAUUGUAUUCUAUUUUUUUGUAUUGUGUUGUAGUAUAUUGUGUUGUAUUGUAUUGCAUUGUUUUGUAUUGUGUUGUAGUUUAUUGUAUUUUAUUGUGUUGUAUUGUGUUAUACUGUGUUGUACUGUGUUGUGUUGUAGUGUAUUGUAGUGUAUUGUGUUGUGUUGUGUUAUAUCGUGUUGUAUUGUAUUGUAGUGUAUUGUAUUGUGUUGUAUUGUGUUAUACUGUGUUGUACUGUGUUGUACUGUGUUGUAGUGUAUUGUAGUGUAUUGUAUUGUGUUGUGUUGUGUUAUAUUGUGUUGUAUUGUGUUGUAGUGUAUUUUAUGGCAUGCUUAUACAAUAAAAACAAGUAUUAAAUCUGCAGAA